CAGGUCGGGACACACUCAUUUCAGGCGACUGGUCGGGCGAGACGAGAACUCUUUCGCCUCGAAUCACUCCCCCCGUUGGUAGAAUCGCCCCUACCUCCGAAGCUCAGCCAAGUUGGUUGCAAUCUCAGUUGCCAUAGUGACUUCACCGAGUGGUCGGUCAAGGCGGGGUGGCGACAAAUGGGCCGAGUUGCCCGACCGGCAGAAGAGACGAGUGAAGGGAGGAGUCGACCUGGGGGCCGUGAUGGUCGCAUGUGCCCAUGCGACUGUGGCUGCCAGGCCAACUCGGGGGCAACAGACCUGCGACUGGACGACAACGGAGUCUGUCUCCUUCUGGCCGAUUCUCUCGCACCUCCCGAAGCUUCGUUCCAUCUUCAAGGGUCACAUGUGCAGCCGUUGCCAAGAGGCCAGACUCACCAUCCGGUCGGCUUCACAGAAUUGGAGGAGUCGAACUGUUGCUACCAUCACGUCGAGUCGGACGAGUCGUACGCUCAUCGGCCGAAUGACGACUGGCCGAGGCGACAGGACCCCUCCGAGGAGCUCUUUGUGCUGCAGCGCUCUGAUGGUCUGUGGAGCAAACAGUUGACAACCGAGCUCGUGGAACUGGUUUGUCAGUCGCCACAAGUCGAUGGCUGCAGGCUGGAAACAAAACAGCCAGACGAAGACUCCCAACCAGACCAGCAUCACUCACAAUUCAGGCCUUGUCAGACCUACCAGCCUCUCGAGUCUCAGCAGCAACACUCUCUUCUUUACGAAGACGCUGUUGCUAGACCGAGUACACAGAACAGACAAACUCAACAUCAACACCAGCAGUUGAGCACAACCAAUCUGAUAACUCAGUCCUCCUCCUCCUCUUCAACCUCGAGGCGAAGUAGAUCCGCACCGCCCGGAUCAGAGACUGGCACCACGGAUACUACAGCCUCUGAGGAGGCAACUACAAGCAGUCCUGCCAGUGUACGUCGUGCCUCACCUCGUCAGCAGCCUCUGGUCAGCUUGUCGACAGGCACGGUUAAUGAGAUGGUCACUGACGCAGUUGUGGUAUCCAUUUCGAACAAUUCUUGGUCCGUCGCAGCCGCCACAACUGCCAGUGUAGACCUGGUUGACAGUGUUCGAACGAGUCGGUCUGAUGGAGUCGGACCGGCUUCGACGGAAGGGGACACAGGGGAGCAGAAACAUGACGAACUUUAUGCAAAUCAUGCCAGGCUGGAGGUGAAGUUGAAUAGAGAAUCCAAAGAGAAUGUAUCAGUACAAGGCAAUAAAGGCGGCGAAACACUUGUUGCUUCUUCACCGGCUAUUUGUUGUCGAGGUGGCCACUCUAUCAAUGAUCCAAAUGAGACGGAUGAGUUCAGAAUGGUAGAUGAAAUGGAGGUAAAGUACUUCUCCAUAAGAUGGUGUAGACAAAUUCAUCUCUUAGACCGAUAA